UAGGGCGGCUGGUCAGGCAGGCGAUGGAUUUUGUCGGGGCGCGGAGCGCGGUGCUGGCAGUGCUGAGGGGCGUCAGCGCAGGCGACCGGUCCCGCCUGCUGCACUGGAUGCGAACGACCAACUGAGACCGUAUCGCUUUGGUGGGAUACAGAUAAUCAUGUAUGACUUUGAUGAAUUCAUGUUGAGUAAUAAUGAUGUUGUGCUCAGAAGUAUUGCUGAAGAUCUUCGGAAUUGCUUACCCAUUGAGGCAAUGCUUAACUCGGAACAUCUAGCAAUUAAAAAAAUACUUGAGCAGCCAGAGCCGACAGUUCAUGUUGAUGCAUUCCUUUAUGAUGAUGAUGAUAUUAUUGAUUCAUUGUGUGAGAAGGGAAAAAUGAGUAGAAACUACUGUGUAGUGUGUGGCUCACACAAGACCGCACCUUUAGAGUUUAUUUCUCAUUCCUUUUCCCUCAUGGAACUGAAGUUUCUUUAUCAGUAUGCAUUGCCUGACCUGACAGGAAAGAUUCUGGUUGACGUUGGCUCCAGGCUUGGUGCAGUGCUAUUUGGGGGCUAUCUUUACAGCUCAGCAUCCCAACUAUAUGGAGUGGAAAUGAAUUCAGACUUUUGCCAGUUGCAAGAAAUGAUAAUCACAAAAUACCAAUUUACAGACAGAGUAAAGGUGCUUCAUUCAGACAUCUGUACUCAGGCUUCACUCCUUCAAAAUGCUGAUGUUGUUGUAAUGAAUAAUGUCUUUGAAUAUUUUCUCGACAGACUGGAACAGGCCAGAGCCUGGGAAUUUAUCAGUCAUAAUAUGAGGAAAAAAGGGUCAUUAUUAGUGACAGUCCCAAGCCUUGAAGAAUCUAUCUCAAACCUACAGACGGAUAUACUGCUCAGCCAGUGGGUAGAAGAGAUGAAGUUGGACUAUGAUGUAUACAUGGAAAAGGAUAUUGAUAGAGAAGCACUUGAACAAAUUCAUUUGUACAAGAUUCUCUAGCAUACAGACUGAUUUACUGAUAACAGUAUAAAAUCAUUGACUUCAGAGGGAGCUGUGUGAAAGGACUGUAGGAUUAAGCCCUAUUUCCAAAUAAAUCAUAAAAAAUCUUACUGUUUAUUUUAGAAAUUAUACAUAUUCUCAAAAGCUCCCGUUUCAUUAGUGAGAACAUAUUUUGAGAUGUCAAAUUUGCAUUAAAGUUCUCAGUGUGUCAUAGCAGUACAAUAAAUUUUAGCCACUAGGUAUCUCUGUAGCUUCAUUCUGCAUGGAAGUGUUUUGAAAGAAUGGCAGUCUAUGAACACCAGAAGAGUCCAUCUUGUGCACUGUUAAUGGCUGUGAACCUCCCAAAAAAAUUUUUUUUAAAAUACAUUAACAGAAAAAUAGAGACCCACUAUUAAAUGUGAAUGGUAUUCAUAUAUUUAACACAGCUUUAUUUAAAAGCUUUAAUAUGUUGGGGUUUUAGUACUGACAAACUUACAGUACUGCUAUUAAUAUUCUGCCUAUGGAAUUCCUGAUUUUUUUUUUUUUUUUUUUUUAAGGUCUGCACAGUAGCUACAGGCAUUGAUGUAGAAAAGAUUAUUGUCUCAAUUUAGAGUAGCAUUGUGACAGUGGCGAUCUCCUUCUAUUCAAUGGUCCCCAGGUUGACUGUUGAUGUAAUUGGGGAUAAAUAAGAAUCCUUCAGAAAUAUUGGUCUAAAUAUAGGAGAAUAAAAAUCUGCUUCACUUCCUUAAUUUUAAUGAGGAUUGUAAGGGGUUAAGAAACUAAAUAUUCUGAGCAAGAGUUAUGGCCUAUCAUAAUCUUUGGUGAUGUAAAACAUUGGCAAUACACAAUAACAGAACCGUACCCAAACCCUCCCAAAGAGAAUGAAACACACACACACACACACACACACACACACAGAGCUUAUAUUUAGAUUUUCUAUUCCAACUAUAUAAAACUUUCAGUUCAUUGAAAAAAUUUUCAGCCUUAGACAUCACUGAUAAUCAAUAUGUUUUGCAUUUAACUGCAGGAAUUUUUGACUAAGUGCAGUGCCAGUUGGAAGCAAUGUUACUGUAUGUCUAAAAGUUUUCUACACAAGUUAAGUCCUGUGCAAGUAGCAAAACGUUAUACUGGCUACACUUUUUAUUUUUCUAAUAAUUUGCAGCAAAGAAUACCUAUUAAAUGUUGUAAUAAUAUAUAUGGAGGCAAAAAGAUUUAACAGCUAAUUGGGGCCUUAAUAGCACACCAAAUAUAUGGAUCUUUAUUAUGUGGGAAGAGCUUUAUUUUUGAGGCCAAGAAGUCAGACUUUUCUCACUUCAUUUUGUUUUUGGGGGGGUUGUAACUUGACUUAUGUUGAGCCUGUACCCAGAGACUUUUGUGGAUGCAUUUUUCAUAAAUUAUAAAAUGAAUAAAGAUGGAAAAUUAUGGUUAAAAAGUUUCUAUUUAUUUUCUUUAUCUAGAAUAAUUGAGCCCCUCAAUCUUGUGUCCCUGCCUGUACUGAUCAGCUAGGAAGAGAUUCCCCGUGAGGCUAAGCCACAUGCAAGAUGGUGACAGUAUAAGGCUGUGAUCUGAAAAUGAAUGAGAGGGGUCAUGAAACAAGAAAGGAAAUUUAAUAUGCAUUUCAGGAAACAAGCUCUGCAACCAUAAUAAUUAGCUCAGAAAGGGCUUCAUCCACCCACAGGACAGGGAAAGCAGUAAGUCAUACCAUUUGUGCCAGGGGAGCAGCUUUAAACUCUAGCUGAAAUCAACACAUCUCCCAGGUGACCUCGCCUUGCCCCCUUCCCAGCUAGCCCUAUGAAUAUUGUGUGGUUUACCUUUAAACUUAAUUUUGUUAAGUGAAUGCAAUGCUUUGGUGCUGUUUCUAGAGAAGAAAAAUAUUUUUUCUUCCUGUGUGAGCUAUUACGUCUUAUAUUAGUGAGAAUCUUAGUAUUCAACUUAAUAGAUUCUGGUUAUUCAUUUUACAUAAGUUUUUCUACUGUUCAUAUGCUGCUUCCUCUUACUGGCAACCUGACACAUGAAUUUAGUUUAUUAGGAUGCAGAAGAGAUGUCUUUUCCUUACAACUGGCAUUACUAUCUCUUAAAUGCAUAUUGCAUGUUCCUCCCACCACAUAUCUUGAUGAUAACAGAAGGGGAAAAUGAUGUUGCCCUGCUAGCCUGAGCGGUUAGCUAAUAUUCAGGUUCUUACAGGAUUAUUUUUGUUAGAAGGAAAAAUGGACGAUACCAGUCAUAUAUAUUCUUUGGUGUAAUAUUGUUUGUUUAUAAAAAUGUACACAAAGUUCUGUUUCCCUGAACACAGUAGAAACAAAUAGCAGCAGGCAGUUUACUUGCUCACAAUUUCCAAGUCUGCUCCUCCAAUCAGUUCUGUACCUAAGGAGCUGUCUGUUUCCCUUGUCAUUCAGGGCCGUGCUCAUGACUGCUUCUCUUUCUGUGCUGCUCACAGACACACACAAUUGCAAACAAUCAAUCCCCGGGAAAACCCUCUUAAUCUCCGGAGGAUAAUUCUUGCUCAGGCUUUGGCAUGUGGCCCAGUGCUUUGGGCAGUAGCCUCCUGUUGUUUUCAGCUAUCCCUGCUUAAGGGUUAUUAUUUGCCUUGGUCCUUCCAUUGAGCCUGAAGGAAGGGUGAUUAGCACACCCCUUGGCUUUAACCAUGACUGUGAUUGUCUAUAGAUCAAAGAUCAUUUUGAUGGCAGCCAUUAACAACUUCUAGAGUAACAAUUUUUCCUCCUUGUUUCUUUUCAUUACUCUACCAGUUCCCAUUCCUUUCACAUUUAAGGUAAGUUUGGGAACAUUUUGGGGCCUGGUCUACACUAUGACUUUAAUUCGGAUUUAGCAGCGUUAAAUUGAAUUAACCCUGCACCCGUCCA